GAGCGAGCGCUGGACGGUCUGUGCUUCCCGAGCCACACCCUUCUUUCAACCUCACUCGACACGCGCGCGCCAUCAUCCCAUCUUCAGCACCAAUCCUCGUCCGACGUCGCGCUUGCUGCAGCAGUCAACAGCCGAGACAAGAGCUCUCACCACGCACAGAUGCCGGCCCGCAAACGCGCCUCCGAGGCCGCGAGCCCGCCCCCCAAACGACGGUCGACGCGCCAGGCCGCCGCCGCCGCCGCCGCCGUCUCGUCGACCGCGACUGAGCCUCCGUCUUCAUCCAAGCCACGAGUCAGCAAGGCCAAGCCAAGCAGCAAGGCGCAAAGCAAGGCCACGAAGCAAUCCAAGGCCGAAACGCCCAUCAAGCCGCGAAGCAAGCCGCCCAAGCCCGACAAGCCGGCCUCCAGACCGAAUGUCAACGGCGCGGCGGGCUCACGAUCCGUCUCCGAGGAUCCGGAUCCCGACUCCAUCCCCGUGACGAAUCCCGAGGCGCCGCGUCAUGAGGGCGAGUGGUACUGGCUCAUGAAGGCAGAGCCGGAGACGCGCCUCGAGAACGGCAUCGACGUGCGCUUCUCCAUUGAUGACCUGCGCGCAAAGACCAAGCCCGAGGGCUGGGACGGCAUCCGUGCGUAUGCAGCGCGUAACCACAUGAGAAGCAUGAACGCGGGCGACAAGGCCUUCUUCUACCACUCCAACUGCAAGGAGCCCGGCAUCGCGGGCACCAUGGAGAUUGUCCGCGAGUUCUCCGAGGACAAAAGCGCCCGCCGUCCCGGCACACCGUAUUACGACCCCUCGUCGACGCGCGAGAACCCCCGCUGGAGCCUCGUCCACGUCGAGUUUCGCUCCAAGCUCGCCGUGCCCAUCACGCUGCGGGAGCUGCGGGAGCUGGGCAAGCCCGGCGGGCCCCUCGAGAACAUGCAGAUGCUCAAGCAGUCGCGGCUCAGCGUCAGCCGCGUCACCAAGGACGAGUGGGAUGCGCUGUGCAGAAUUGCCGACGACAAGGCGAAGGAGGCCGGGCGGGAGCACGAGACGGAAAAGUGACGCGCGCUCAAGGAGGGCCCACUCUUGCAGCAGGCGCGGGCGGACAGCACAUCUUGACACAAGCCAGCAAGCAACACUCAUCUUGUAAAGCAUACAUGACCCCUUCCCUCCGCAUGAAACAUGCAUUUCGUCUACGGCAACCUGAGCCACAGCUUGAGCAGCUCCGGGUACUUGGGCGUCCCCAGCCCCGUCACCGGGUCCCAUCCCUCAACGGCCUCAAACCCGCUCGACCCGCAGUUGGGGUUGGACCCGUUCUUGAUGUCCGUCAGCGCUCCCGCGUUCUCGUACAGCACGGGGUUGAUGAACCCGACGGGACGCUUCCCGCGCAACGCGCGCUCCUGGUUCACCAGCGUCACGAUGGAGGCCCACAGGGGCGCCGCGAGGCUCGUCCCGAACCAGUGAAACUCGGUCCCGUCGGUAAAGGCCCGGAAAUUGGCCCCGUUGGCCGACACGUCCGGGAUGCCGCGCCCGGCGCGGUUGUACAGCCCGCCGCCGGCGCCCACGUUGCUGGCGUCGGCGUUGGCCACGUAGUACGGGUGGCCCGGGUCGUGCGCCGCAAAGUAGGUCCGCAGCGCCGCCUGCUGGUACGACGGCGCGGAAAAGUAGUUUGAGAAGCCGCCGCUGCUGGCGAACAGCUCACUGCCCGGGCCGAGGGGCGUCUGCAGCGCGCUCUCGGCGUCGAGCACCGUCGUGCCGGGCUGCAGCUGCGUG